AUGUCAUGCCCUGCCGACAGCGAGAGUAGCCCCACUGGACCGACAAGGGAAGAAUAUGAUAACCACACUCUUGUGCCAGAAGAGGAAUUAGUCUCGCAAUGGAAGGGUCAUGAGGACGAUAAGACCGCUGAAACCGAGAGAGUGGCUAUAUUGCACCCGGAUAGCUCCACCAUAGAGCUAGCUGCUAACUUUCUUCUUAUUACACAGACGAAGUGUGAUCGCGUUAACCCGUGUUUGCAGUGCAUCAAGACGGGAUCGCAAUGUACCUACCAGCUGGGUUUGAAAGCCAAGGAAAAGCGGCAACGGAUCCUCAUCUCAAACGUAUACGAGAGUAGAAUGGAGCACAUUUCGAACAAGAUUGACAAGCUCAGCGAGAUGAUGAGGCAACUAAGUCAUGAGCGAACCAGUAACAGUGGCUUCGCGAGUUCAGCUGGAUUACGAUCGCCAUUACAUUCCUCUUUCCAGUCUAAGGAGUCGCAGGUUACCAGCAGCGACAACAAAACAGGCGCCAAAAGACCUCACCUGCCUUUAAAGGAAGUUAAGGAAGUUGAAGGCAUCGAAUCCACGUUGUUCUCCCAUGCCAUCUUCGCAACUAGGUAUCUUCAAACUGUCGUGGAGAACGACCCGUACUCGAACGUUGCUGCCGAAAUGACGUCGGCGCUGGAUGCCCUGCGGAGUAUGGUCAGCGCUCAGAAUCAGCAGAAUGAGACCCUAGAAGGUUCACCUCCGUUCUCGAAGGCGCUUCCUCCAGAGUUGAGUCUCAGGGGCCUACCUAUACCUUCCAUGGACCGAAUAUUGGCAUGCUUAAGGAUCGCUUACGAGCGUUCGCCGAAUGAGGUCUAUUGGCCCUUCGAAUUUGGAUCUCUGGGUGAUUUCACCGGAUAUGUCAUCAAGGCCUGCUCGCCCGGACCAGUGACGGACACAGAGCUGAUAAUUGUCCACUAUGGUCUUUACUGUCUCUUCACCGAAUGCUCCAGAGCCGUUGAAGAUGAGAUAGUCAAGCAGGAGUACGAGGCACAGGCAACCAUCUGCAAGGAAAGCCUCGAAACGAUCCUAUCCAACCUCUCCUUCCACAUCCCUACGAAUAUAGACUCUGUUGGUGCCAUGUACAUGGCUGCUAUUUACUGCCUGCAAUGUGGCAAACCCUUUGCGGCGUGGGCAUUCAUUUCUAGGGCUUCACUCAUGAGUCAGGCCCUUGGGAUGCAUAGCAGCUAUGUUAUGGCAACCGAACCUGCGGAAAAAGCGCAGCAGAAUCUACGGCUGUUCUGGGCACUCUAUGUCAUCGAGAAGGCAGUGUCGUUACGUCUCGGUAGAUGCUCCACAAUUCGAGACCACGACAUCACGGUUCCACGGUUGCUCCUCGACCGCAAGAUGAGUUCCCUGCUGUACAACAGGUUGCCAGACUGGAUCGAUCUUGCAAACCUCUACGGGCGAGUAUAUGACAAUAUAUAUAGUCCGAAUGCGUUGGCGCAGCCCGUCUCCGUCCGGGAGGCUCGUGCCAGAGCCCUGGCCGGUGAGCUUGAGAGAAUAAUGGCUGCGAGAGUGGAGUUCUACAAACGGCCAAACCAGUGGACUAGCCAUGCGAUACAUGCUGAACCGUGUAGGUUUAUCAUACAUGCUAACAGAGCUAUCGAGUACUCUAUCUUGGCCUGUAUCUAUAGAGGCAUCCCGUCGGGGGAAAGCUCUAGCUUGGCACCUUGUCCAGAAUGCAUCUCAGCUGCGAGAGCGACCCUAAAUGAGACCGAAGUGUGCAUCGCCAUGGUUUCAGACGCUACAUCGUGGUCUCUCAGCCUUGACAUGUGGGUCAACGAAGUCGUCAUAUUAGCACCGUUCAUGCCAUUUUUAAUCCUAUUCUGCAACAUCACUGAGACGUCCGACUUGUCAGACUUGGCUUACCUACAACGAUUAGUUGACGGCUUGCACUCAAUGGCUCAAUUCCCUCGCUAUGCCUCCUGCAGUAAGCAACUGCGCAUUUUGAAGACCCUGUGUGACGUUGCUGCGAAGUACGUUGAGGCCAAGGCAAGAAGUCAAUCAGGGGAUAUGGAUAGCGGUCAAUUCACCGACCUGGACAUGAACACAUACCUCAAUAGUGACACUGUUUGGUUUGGUUCUGGUCCACACUCCCCUUCGUUAUCAACGGCGCCAGAUUAUUGGUCACUCGACGGGACCCAAAAGCCUGUGGCAGCUCCUCCUGCUGGAGCAACGGAGGCCCAAGGCCAACAAGCGAUGAACCAAGCAACCGGAUUUCAGACAAGAGGGAACUCUUUUGCGAUGCAACAGCAGAUACGUGAUGGCUUUAUUACCGGGCAGGAUACUCCAGGCAUCCAGUUGGGUGAGUCAUCAGAUAAUGAGACUCCUGGAUGA